AUGACAGAACCGUGGAAGACAACUAACGAAAUUCUCCUUAAAAAUGCGCCAACGAAGGAAGUGACUUUCGGAUGGGACAAGGAGAGUUCAACUUUUAAACUUGCUUCGAAGACAAUUGAUGUGAGUGACGUCAAAGACGGGCAGUUUAUAGCCAAGGUGAUAUACCUCUCCAAUGAUCCUACCCAAAGAGGAUGGAUGCAGAGGGGCGCGGACUCUUCAAGAAUGUACACUGCGCCUAUUGUUGAAGGUGAUGUGAUCAAGUCGGCUGGUAUAGCUGAAGUUGUCUAUUCCAAGAGUCCUGAAUUCAAAGUCGGAGACAAAUUUACUGGUUCAUUGGGAUGGCAAGAAUAUAAGAUUUGCGAUAAGAACAAUGUGUUUGCAAAGAUCGAUGAAUCAAAGAAUGUACCCCCCGCCGCUUAUCUUGGACCAUUUGGCUUGAAUGGUUUAACUGCUUAUUUUGGACUAAUUGAGGUCGGAAAGUUAAAGAAGGGCCAGACAGUUGUUAUAUCUGCAGCUUCUGGAGCAACUGGGUCUUUAUGUGUCCAAAUUGCGAAGCAUAUAAUUGGCGCGUCUAAGGUUAUUGGAUUAACCAGCUCAGACGAAAAAUGUAAAUGGGUGAAGUCACUUGGCGCUGACGAGUGUUUCAACUCUGCUGAUGAAGACUAUAAAAAAAAACUUACGGAUGUUUUAGGAGAAGAUUACGUUGAUGUUUACUUUGAUAACGUGGGCGGUCAAAUCUUAAGUUUCAUGCUUACAAAGGUGAAGCAAUUUGGCCACGUUGUAGCCUGUGGCUCAAUAUCUGGUUAUAACGAUGGAGAGAAACUUGUCGUGCACAAUUGGGGUCAAAUUAUUACAAACAGACUCACUGUUCGUGGUUUCAUCGUGAUGGAUUUUAGUGAAAAGUUCCCCGAAGCCCUUGGAGUUCUCACAAGAGCUACAUUAGAAAAGAAAAUAUCCAUUUCUGGUGGAGUGAGUGUACUUGACGUAAGCAAGUCAAAUUCACCGUUAAAAGAAGUUCCUGAAAUUUGGGGCCAGCUUUUCAAUGGUAAAAAACCUCACGGAAAACUCAUAACUAAAAUUGCUUAG